AUGGCAGGCAUCGAUAAAGCUAUUAAAAAAAAGAAGUUAACGGCUAAAUUUAUGGGUUCUUAUGAAAUUAUAGAGCGAAUUAGACCAGUACCCUGUAGAGUUGCCCUACCACCACAGAUUGCAGGCAUUCACAAUGUGUUCUACAUGUCCCAAUUGAAGAAAUACAACCCUACCCUGUCUUAUGUGAUUCAACCGAAAGAGGUCAAAUUCAACGAGAAUUUGACCUUUAGAUCCGAACCAGAAUGGAUAGAGGAUGUUAAGGAUAAGCAAUUGUGCAAUAAGGCCAUCCAACUCGUGAAAGUGAUUUGGAAAGGCACAACCCCAGAUGAUGCUACCUGGGAGAUUGAGGAUAAUUUAGAAGGGAUUAUCCACAUUUAUUUACAUAGGAGCAAGUCUGCCUGA